UGCUUUUUCCUCGGCGCCUGGGUUUUAAUCACACGUGGGAGUGGUGAAGCUGGAAGGGGCUGGAGGGAGUGAGACGCAAUUCCUGGCAGGGCAAGCGUCUAACUUGUUCGCUUGGGCUUUUUUGCAGUCUAGUGAGGAAAAGAAACUGCUCUCCGCCCCUUGGGCUGCUGCCUUCAGCUCUGUGGUUGCCAAAGUUUCAAGUCGCUUAAGAGCCAUGGGGAAUGGGAUGAACAAGAUUCUUCCUGGCUUGUUCCUUGGAAAUUUUAAAGAUGCUCGUGACACUGAACAACUGAAACGGAACAACAUUACACACAUCCUUUCAAUCCAUGACAGCGCUAGACCUAUGCUUGAGGGAGUGAAGUAUCUGUGUAUCCCUGCUGCUGAUUCACCCUCACAGAAUUUAGCCAGACACUUCAAAGAAAGUAUUGAAUUUAUCCACGAAUGCCGGCUUAGGGGCGAAAGCUGUCUCGUGCACUGCCUUGCUGGUGUUUCCAGAAGUGCCACAUUGGUUGUGGCCUACAUUAUGACUAUCACCAACUUUGGCUGGGAGGAUGCCUUGUCAGUGGUGCGCGCAUCAAGAUCAUGUGCCAAUCCUAACACUGGAUUCCAGCGGCAGCUAGAGGAGUUUGAGAAAAACUGUGUUGCUCAGCAUAGAGAGUGGCUCAGAGCGGAGUAUGGCGACCCCUCUUUGCAAGAUGAACAAGAGGCAAAGGAGCUCCUGCAGAAGUACAAAGCACAUGCAGCUGCGCAGCUGAAUCCCCCGGGAAGGCAGUGGGACAGUAACUUUUCAUCAGUGGCCUCCUUGUCGAUGACAGCUCCUCAGUAGAGCCAAUCAGUGAUUCACCCUAUCUGUGAAAACACAAAUCUGUACACUAAAAAAAAGUUGCAUUUGCUAGGCAGGGCAACUUGCUCUCAUUUUCUCCUGAAACUGCACAAAAAAAGAGAGAGAGAGGACUUGCUGGUUGUACAUAAUCUGUCCAUCUUGGAGUGCCUCAAUUCCCUGAGGAGCAGGUCUCCAGAAUCUUCCCUAUGAUAGCAUGGCAGUAUCAGAUGCACAAUUUCCAUUGGCUGCGUUAUGCAGGUAUCGGAGCCAUUCUUUCUUGGCAGUUUACCCUUUCAUAUCCUUCCAGUGGAUGGGCAAAGACCAUGCCAGUUUCCACCCGCAGAGAUGCCAAAUAAUUUUCUAGGUCUCCCUCUUUAGGCUGCCCACGUAGCCAGGAGUUUUGCACAAGUGCACUUUUAUGUCAAAGCUUCCGAUUCUUCAUUUGGAAUUGACUGGCCUAAAGAAGGGAAAUGGGCAGGGAGGAAAUGUUAUGCCCAUUUGGCAGUUUCACCACUGCCCAAAACAGAGACGCAUAUAUAAAGACACAACCCCAAGGUUAUAGUGACUGAAAUUAUUAUGAAAUAUACAAGUUAUGCAAUAAUAGUAAUAAAGCUGAAGACAAACAUCGUUGCAUACAAAAACAUUCACAAUUUCAUCAAAGCUAACAUAGUACAGUUCAAAAACCCAUAUACAUCAUAUGUUGUAAAGUCCCAACAGGGAGGUCUUUAAAAAUUCAAAAAUUAUUCCAGCAAGGGACGCUCCACCGAGAAUAUUUUCAUACAAAAAGGCUUCAUUUUGAGCUAAUGCCAGUUUGAAAUCUGUGAUGGAUGGAAUUCUAGCAGGAGCUCCUUUGCAUAUUAGGCCACACCCCCCCCGAUGUAGCCAAUCCUCCAAGAGCUUACAAGGCUCUUUUUUGUAAGCUCUUGGAGGAUUGGCUACAUCAGGGGUGUGUGUGGCCUAAUAUGCAAAGGAGCUCCCGCUAGAAUUCCAGCCCUGGUGACAGAGACUUGGGUCCGGAGUAAGCGUGUCUUAAGAGUUUUGUUUAAUACUCUUGACUAUUGUGGAACUUUGGAAGAACGGUUGAAAUAUUGUUCAUUUAAACCUUUUUUAUAUGAAAAUGUACUAGGUGGAGCAUCCCUUGCUGGAAGAAUGUUCAAAGCAGGAGUAUCAAGUCGACUUCCUGUCCAUUGGGACUCUACAACAUAUGAUCUAUAUGGGUUUUUGAACGGUACUAUGUUAGCUUGGAUGAACUUGUGAAUGUUUUUGUAUGCAACGAUGUUUGUCUUCACCUUUGUUACUAUCAUUGCCAAACUUGUAUAAUAUAUUCCAUAGUAAUUUUGGUCGCUAUAACCUUGGGGUUGUGUCUUUAUAUACUCUCUUGAGUGACCUCUCUCGCUAUCAAAACAGAGAGGCAGCUGUGCAGUAUCGAAGGUAGUCAAGUCUCUUCAGCAGAGGGAAAUUCUGCAGCCCGGUCAAAAAGCAAAAGCUCUGGCUAUGCUCACCCAUAUCUUCUGCUUGAAGUAUCCCUCCUUUGGAUCCCGACUGAAGUCAGUAUACAGCUCAUACAGUUGUACAUUUUCACUGUGUUCUAAUGUAAAACAAAAGUAUUAACAGGGAGUUUUGUCAGCAUCUGUUAUCCUGGCUUUAGGCUUCCAAAGUAGUUCACUUUGAAUUAUUUUCUCAGGAGGGGUCUGAAAGAAUAUUGCAGAUGUAUAUAUUUAAAGAUUAAAGCAGAUUUAUAAUGGAUAUUGUACUACAAUUAAAGUGACUUGUUCUCAUUGCUGCCAGUACUACUGAACAAAGUUUCUUUGUAUAUUAAUUGUCCUGAGGAAGAUUCACUUUUCCUUGCCUUUUCCAAUGGGAUAUAUUCAAUAAAAACUGCAUAUGUUUUGAUAAAUCAAAAAAA